CUCGCUUCCUGCUCCGCAUGCAGCCUCUGUGAAUAGGUCCUGCGCCUGGAGCUCCCCCUGGCGGCUGUCCCCGCACAGUGCGCAGGGCAGGAGCUGGGACUCCCCGUGGCUGCUCCGCUCCGCUGUGCUCCAGAGCCGGUUCUCCCAGCCGCCUGCGUGUGAUUCUGCGCACACUGACACCCGGAGCCCUGUCAUUUUCUACGAUCGCAGCCCCGGUACAACGCGCAGCCCGGUCCCGGCAUGGCUUCUGGGGACCUAUACGAGGUUGAAAGAAUUGUAGACAAACGUAAGAAUAAGAAAGGGAAGUGGGAAUACUUGAUUCGAUGGAAAGGUUACGGUAGUAAUGAAGACACUUGGGAGCCGGAACAUCACCUGCUGCACUGUGAGGAAUUUAUAGAUGAGUUUAAUGGACUUUCCAGAGACAGGAGAGCGAAAACGGGAAGACAGGGAGUCGCUACAAAAAUUUUACGAGGGUCUUCCGCCAUUACCAUGUCCCACAGGGCUAAAGGAACAUCUCACAAACGUCGACGGAUACACUCCUUCGCAAAACAGAAGAAGGUCUGCGCUGCCAAGUUUUCUUCCGGAGGCCGCGCCACAAAGACGGUGACUUAUAGAACUACUCCUAGCGGGCUGCAAAUAAUGCCGCUGAGAAAACCCAUGGAGAACGGGGACCACAAUGGUCAUAAAGAGCCGACGCAUUUUGGGAAUGGCUCCGAGAAAGACAAAACUGACAUGUACGAUGACAAAGGGAAGGAGGACUUGCCAAGCGGGAUGGAAGUACCUGAAUCUACAGAGGUGAACGGACUGGGAGAACCUUUGACCAACGGAGAGAUGAACCCUCACAGCCCCGUGAAAAGGAAAUUAGACAUGGAGAAAGACUGCGCGUUUGAUAAAAGACUGAGAUACAGUGUACGCCAGAACGAGAGCAACUGUCGCUUUCGAGACAUCGUGGUGAGAAAGGAAGACGGUUUCACUCACAUCCUUCUGUCCAGCCAGACGUCCGACAACAACGCCUUGACUCCAGAUAUUAUGAUGGAGGUCCGACGGGCUCUCUGUAACGCCUCCUCCGAUGACAGCAAGUUGUUGCUGUUGAGCGCCGUCGGCAGCGUAUUCUGCAGUGGAUUAGACUAUUCGUACCUCAUUGGGAGGUUAUCUACAGACAGGAGAAAAGAAAGUUCCCGAAUUGCAGAAGCAAUAAGGGAUUUUGUGAAGGCUUUUAUCCAGUUCAAGAAACCCAUCGUGGUCGCCAUCAAUGGCCCUGCUCUUGGAUUGGGAGCGUCUAUUUUGCCCCUGUGCGAUAUAGUCUGGGCAAGUGAAAAGGCCUGGUUUCAGACUCCCUAUGCCACUAUCCGCCUAACACCCGCUGGGUGUUCAUCGUACACAUUCCCCCAGAUUCUUGGAGUUGCUCUGGCAAAUGAAAUGCUGUUUUGUGGGAGGAAACUCACUGCGCAAGAGGCAUGCAGCAGAGGACUCGUCUCCCAGGUAUUCUGGCCCACCACCUUCAGCCAGGAGGUUAUGCUUCGAGUUAAAGAAAUGGCCGCCUGCAGUGCUGUGGUUUUAGAAGAAUCCAAAUGUUUAGUUAGAAGUUUCCUCAAGUCAGUUCUUGAAGACGUCAACGAGAGGGAGUGUCAGAUGCUAAAGCAGUUGUGGAGCUCCCCUAAGGGCUUGGACUCCUUAUUCAGCUACCUACAGGACAAGAUUUACGAAGUCUAACGUCGCUCGUUUAGAAAACGCAACGGGAUUUCCCUCCUCACUUCAAACGCAAGAAUACUUUGUAUGGAGUUUUGGACCUUGCGUAGGCUCGAUUAUGCAAUGAGGUAUUCCACCAAAUCUUUCUUACUCCUUCCAGGUUUUGCUUUCUUGUUGGAGACAAAUCCUGACCUUGAUUUUUUUUCAACCUCCACAUUCCAUGAAAAAAGAAACCUUUUUACAAUAUAACAAAAAUAUUUUCAUCUGUAGAAAAUCAUUUUCUUCUCUGUAUCGACUUUAUGUGGACACUGCUUAGCCUGCAAAUCCAUUUGAAGUAACAAUGUGAGAAUUGCACUUUGUAUCUAUAUUUUUUUUAUUAUUUUGUUGUUUCUUGUACUGAAGUGUAAGGGUGAUUUUGUGUAAUUAAUAUUCUAUUAUUUCCAUUGCGGAUUUUUUUUUUUAUUACGAUUAAUUUAUUUAAGUCUAUUUCCAUAUCUCAGUUGUGCUGCCCAUGCAUUUCUUUACAAUGCAACUUAAAAAUUGUUAGAAAUGUAACAAACGGAGGUUACGAUCGGUUCGGUA